CCCCUGUCGUCGUCCUCUUCCUCCUCCUCGCGGUCGCCUUCCUCACAGAGCUGGACACCGGCCAGUGCUUCACACCACCCCUGCCCUGGGUGUCUGUGCCAUGCGUGGGAAGCACAACAAAAUCAAGGGCUUCACUUGAGAGGGUCCACACGAGCGAGAAACUGUGGGCAGCCGUUGCAUCGUUUUUAUUUAUUUGUUGCUUUAAAAGUUCCCUUCGGACGAGAGUCAGCGAUUUCAGCGAGAAUCUCAACUCGUAGCGUUUUGUCACGGAGGACAGAAGGACAACAGUGUGGAGAUAUGAAUGAGUCGCUAGUGGUGAAUGACUCUUCUGUGACUCCUGUGGGUGGAGAAGCUCUCACAUGGCUUGAGGUUGAGACACCAGAGCACAAUGGCAGCCUGGAGUUCUCUACUGCCCCGUUAGGUUUCCCUGUCAACCCAUGGGACAUUAUGCUCUGUAUGUCUGGCACUGUCAUUGCCUGUGAAAAUGCCAUAGUGGUAGCAAUCAUCUUCUACACACCAACACUAAGGACUCCCAUGUUUGUGUUGAUUGGGAGCCUGGCCAUGGCGGACUUGCUGGCUGGCAUGGGAUUAAUCCUGAAUUUCGUUUUUCAAUACGUGAUCUCCUCUGAGACUAUCAGCCUAAUCACUGUAGGAUUCCUGGUGGCCUCCUUCACUGCCUCCAUCAGCAGCCUCUUGGCUAUAACAGUUGACCGGUACUUCUCCCUCUACAACGCCCUGACAUACUUCUCAGAGAAGACGCUGCAGUACGUACACCUGAUGUUACUGGGGACCUGGGGGGUGUCUCUGUUUCUGGGCCUUCUGCCAGUGCUUGGCUGGAACUGCCUGGACGAGCCAGCCUCCUGCAGCAUUGUCCGCCCGUUGACCCGCAGCAACAUCAUGCUCCUUGCCACCUCCUUCUUUGCCAUCUUUGUUCUCAUGCUCACCCUCUAUUUCAAAAUCUGCAAGAUUGUGUGUCACCAUGCCCACCAGAUCGCCCUGCAGCAGCACUUUUUUGCCACUUCGCAUUAUGUUGCCACUAAGAAGGGCGUCUCCACUCUCGCCAUCAUCUUGGGGACAUUUGGCGCCAGCUGGUUGCCCUUUGCCAUCUACUGCCUUGUCGGCGAGAGAGAGUAUCCAUCAGUGUACACCUAUGCUACACUGCUGCCAGCCACCUACAACUCCAUGAUCAACCCCAUCAUCUACGCCUACAGAAAUGCAGAGAUCCAGCGCUCCAUCUACAUGCUUCUGUGUGGCUGCUUCCAGGCCGACGGGACCUACCGGUCCAGGUCACCAAGUGAAGUUUAAAAAGGUGCUAGAGCUCUUUUUGUCUGUGUGAGAAAAUAGAGCAAAAAGACAAACCGUCCCAUGAUCAUCGACAAUCCGCUUACAGCUGAAAGUGAAUGCUUUACAAACACAAAUGGGGUGUUAUGCUAGAAAUGUCUCUCAUGUAUACUGUAUCUGCACUUUAAUGUCUCAACACAAGUUUAGGAUGAGAAUUUGGAAAUGCUGUGAACAAGAAACUUCAGUUUAAAAGAAAACAAAACCUGUGAAUGUACUUAACCGAGAAAAGGACUAGAAAAUCUUGCACUUUAUUCAAUGUUUUUGAAACGCCAAAGCAGUAUUGUACAGCCCAUAUUCUGUUUAAAUGUUUGAACCUGUGAGUACUGUGUGCCAUUUUUCUAUUUUGUAUUGUAUUGUCUUUGAUGUACAUUUUCUACAAGAAGAAUAAAGGGAUAUAAUCCAGCUCACGUGUUUUUACUGUGGUGUGUUUCUUCGAAGGGGUCCUUG